AUGCCAGCGGCCUUUAAAGACAGCCUUGUCUGCAAGAACAAUAUAGAGGCUUGGUCCAUAAGCUGCACAUGGGACGCGAACGAAGUCUUCAACACUGCCAAGAACAACGCCCUGAAGUCAUGGAUCACAAACCAUGCUGGGAGCCGGCCGACAUCUCCUCUGCAAAGCCUGGUGAAGCCGUUCUGGCACGAUUCCUUCUCAAGCGGAAGGAAAAGGAUGGCGAACAAGGCCAACGCCAGAGUCAUUUUGCAAGGUUUCAAGCAUGUGGACGUCAUCUCCCGAAAGUUGGACACCGAGUCGCCUACUCUUUCCAAAGUGGGAAGGCAGCUGACAGACACCUUGGACAAGGACAUCCGGUUGCUUGCUCUGCUGAACAGGAACACGCGGAAGAGACUGGCUCGCCUUAUGCACCUCAAAGAUGACGAGCUCCUUCGCACACUCACGCCCGCCUUCGGUGACGUUGGCGCACCGAAGCAGCGGCACGCCACAGCUGACCGAGUUGGCCGUGACGAGCUCAGCUUUCUGCGACACGUCCUCGACAGGUGUGUCUACAUCAGCACUCGCGCGGCCGUCACUGAGGACGACCCCUACGAGAAGGAUGGUCACCCCACGGUCGUGGACGGCAUUAUUGGACUUCACGUCGACGACAUUAUUGGUGGAGGAGAAGGUGUCAAUGGCCGUGGUGAUGUUGAAUUCAGUGGUCCCGAGAAAGUUGCUUGCUUCAAGGACAGGGCCCAGAGGUUGCCACACCGCUUCAAGUUUGACUUUGACUACAAGCAGAUUUUCUGUGGAGCUCAAGUUGAGCAAAGCUUUGAACUGGAAUCCAGGAAGCAAACUCCUGGAGAUGCGUUGGAGGAAAAGGAAAAGGCCAAGCUGAGGCCCCUGAUCGGGGCAUUGGCGUGGCCAGCAACUCAGUGCUUGCCAACGCUGUGCGCUUUUGUUUCCCUUCUUCAAGCUGCGAUGGCCAACCCGACCAUCAACGAUGUUCUCGAGGGCAACAAGGUUCUUCGCUUUGCCAAGGACGCUACCGCCUGGAGCUGA